UCGCACGAGAAAUGGCUGAAGUCCCAGGAGAGGCCACACAGACGGGCACUGCCCUUCUGGAGAAGGCCACUGCAGUCCUCGAAGGCUUCGGGCCCAUCAAUUCCAUACACCAGCACCUAUGCGCGUUCCACUUCUAUGGAGACAACAUGGCCCGACAGGUACAAGCCCACCACUACUGCUCCCACCCAAGUGAGGAUAUGAGGCAGUGUCUCAUAUACGACAGCCCUGAUGCGGAUGCUCGACUGAUUGGCGUGGAGUACAUAAUUUCCGAGAGCCUGUUCUUGACACUUCCUGACCAGGAGAAGAAGCUGUGGCAUUCGCAUGAGUACGAGGUGAAGAGUGGCACACUCUUCAUGCCCGGGGUUCCCGGCCCCCUCCAGCACCGAGAAAUGGAGAAACUUUGCAAGUCGUAUGGCAAAGCCAUCCACUUUUGGCAGAUUGAUAAGGGCGACUCGCUCCCGCUCGGCCCACCUAGCCUUAUGUAUGCUCUCACUACUGAUGGCCAGCUUGACACCCAGCUCGCUCGAGAGGCGGAGAAGCGUUUCGGAAUCAACUUAGAGGAGGAAAGGAAGAAGAGGGAAUACAUGAAAGGCCCUGACCAUGGCAUCCACCCUCUUGCAAAUGGCUGGUCAAGCGGCAAGGGUUUGAAGUUCAAAUUGAGAGAGACCGAAUGUCUUCCAUCUCCUUCCGCUACUGGAAUUACGAGAGUUUUCGUCUAAACAAAACAAACAGAGGAUUGCAGCCUUGUAGAAGAUCUAUACACUUGUUCUCUUCUGUAUUUUCUGCAAAUGAAUGUUGCUAAGUUUUUGCAAAGAGCUACGGCCCUGUAAAUGUGUGUACGUGCGUAUUAUCGUGCAUAUAUUUGCCUUGUAUUUUCAUGUUUUAUUGUUGAUUGUUAU